AUGAUGAAAAUUCAAAUAUAUCAAGUUGAUGCUUUCACUGAUCAAUUAUUUGGUGGCAAUCCAGCUGCAGUAUGUCCAUUGGAUAAAUGGUUAUCCGAUUCAUUGAUGCAAAAAAUAGCUGCUGAAAAUAAUCUUGCUGAAACGGCAUUUUUUAUACGAAAUUCUAAUAAUGAUGGAUAUGAAAUUCGUUGGUUUACACCUGAAAUGGAAAUGGAUCUUUGUGGACAUGCAACAUUAGCGACGGCUCAUAUAAUUUUUACUGAAAUGUCAUUUACAAACGAUGAAAUCAAUUUUAAGACUAAAACAGCUGGUGAACUUACCGUUAUUCGUGAAAAGAAAGAUUCUUUAUAUAUUCUUAACUUUCCGUCUCGUCCAGCAACAAAAGUUGAUCUACCUGAUGGAUUAUUAUCAGCUUUAGAUAAUAAUAUAACACCUAUGGAAGUGUAUAAAGCGAGAGACUAUAUGCUUGUUUAUGAAAAUGAGUCUGAUAUUAAACAAAUGUCACCAAACUUUGCGGCUUUAGCUAAAAUUGGUAGUGGACUUACCGUGAUUGUUACAGCGCCUGGACAUGAAGUCGAUUUUGUUUCACGAUUUUUUGAAGGAAGUAUUAUUGUUCCUGAAGAUCCUGUUACUGGAUCAGCACAUUGUACUCUCAUUCCUUAUUGGUCUGAACGAUUGGGCAAAAAUAAACUUCAUGCUUAUCAAAUUUCAAAACGGAAAGGAGAAUUAUGGUGUGAAAAUAAAGGAGACAGAGUUCUGAUAUCAGGCAAAGCGAUUACUUAUUUGAAAGGUGAAAUUAACAUUUGA